AAAGCUCUUGUUGGACAAGUUUACAUUUAGCUGCCGAAGUGAAGCAAUAUUUGUGUCUAACAUAUCCAAUAAUAGAAAUUCAGAGAAUAUCUAAUUAGCAUAUACAUACAUACUAAACGUUUCAAUAAUUUUGUUUUAUUUUUGCAAUAUUCAUAAAUACGUCGUGAUGAGCGUGUAAAAUGAACUCGUUGCGUAAUCUCUUUAGCUUGAGGACGCUUAACAGUAUACGGCAACAAGGCCAAAAUGUCCUCUUUAACAUCACACAACCUGUGGAAGGUGUGGCUACAGCUGCACCGGUCACGGACCGCACUAUCAACGAUGGCGUCGAUAAAAUAUCAUGUCAACCGCUGAAAAUACCAAAGUCCAUUCUCGAUGCAACAACAUUUACGGGUAAAAAGUUUGGUGAAUCUGCCGUAUCCUCAUCUGGUUCAAUUUCACCUAAUACCUUGAAACGCUUACGUUGCAUGGAACGCAAGAUUGAAUUGGUUUAUCGUUGUAAAUUGUGCAACACACGAAAUAGUAAGCAGGUGUCAGAAGCUGCUUACAGGACCGGUGUGGUAAUCCUUCAAUGUGACGGUUGUGCUGUUAACCAUUUAAUAGCCGAUCAUUCUGGAUGGUUUGCCAAAACCAAAGGCAAGAGUUUUGAUCAAGUGCUAGCCGAGAAAGGUGACCGUAUUAAGAUUAUCAAAGUAAAUGAAAAUGGUGAAUUACUAUAAUUGCAAACAACAAGAAAAUACAAGACACUUAAAAUCUACCAACGCAUUAUUAGAAAGAAAAAAUGUUGCUUAUGAACGCUUUGUAUUAAGAACUACUUUAAUUACUAUUUUAUCAUGGAUAAUAUUGCAUCUUAAAUGAGUAGCUAAAUGUUGAAAACUUUGUAUGCCAAAAUUAGGUUGACUGGAUAUGUAUGACGGCUUUGCCAUCGGUAGCACAUUUUUAUUGAUUAUGCUUACGACGGUUACUCCGCCAGGUAUAGAGAAUGAAGCUGAUUUGUAUUGAGCUGAGCUUGAUUUCGAAACAAUCCUAGGGAAACGUAAAUACAUUAAGUGAUAAUUGCCAUAAACGCUUUAAUUAACUUUAAUUUGUAUUAAGUACAGUUUAAGAACAUUGAAUUGUAGAUAUUUAAAAGUAUUGGUUUUGUACUAUACGAUAACAUUUAUAAAAUAUUAAAAAAAGCAAAAUAAAACGGAAUAAAGAUCAAAUUUUAACAGAACAAACAGCAACAAACAAAAA